AUGAGAUGGCUAAAUUCAUUGAUUACGUACCUUUACUUGAAAUAAUCAUCAAAAGUGUAGAAACUGAUUCAAUAAAAGACAGAGAGUAAUUUGAAGAAAGUAAUUCUUGGUAUUUAUUUGUUAAGAUUGAACUUGUGAAUGGAGAAGUAAAGGCUCUUACUGGUUACGGAAAAUCAUACAUAGGCAAUAAGGUCUAAUCUUUUACUUUUAAAUAACAUAUUCUAGAAGUACUAUCCUUUCUAUGGAGAUUUGAAAUACUAAUGAUAAUGGUCUACAUCAUUAUUAGCUGGGCUCUUUAAGAUGAUGCAGCUAGGUAAUUAAAAUUCAAAUAUUUGAAAGUAAUUUAGUUGUUUUGUUUCAAAGCAUUGUAUUAUUAUUAGAUUAUUGUCUAUAUGUAAUAAAGUGUGUUCUUAAAUUUCGUAAUUUUAGAAUAGUUGAAUCACAAUUAAAUGAAUAGAGAUAUAGUAUUUUAGAGAACUUUAUUCAUUCAAAAGAACCUUUGGCAUCAGAUUCUUCUGAAGAUAUUAAUACUUAUUUCUAUCCAUAAAAAUAAGUAUUAAGAGAAUAGAUAAAAGUCGGAGAUAUUGUUAUUUUAUAAAAAUCACAUGAAUGUCCUGCAGAUGUAUUACUUUUAGAAUCAAGUCAUCAAGUUGUGUAGAUAGAUUAAAAUGAAUUUGGUAUUCAAACACCUAAAAUUACAAUACCUUGUUAAUCUACUUUUAGUAAUUUAUAUAUUUAUUUUAGUUUAACCAAAAAGUGAUACAAAAGGUUUAUUAGUGGAAUUCAAAUUAACUUUAAAUGGAUAAAUCUAAUAUUCCUAUUAGUUUGGUAAGAAAUCAAGUUUGAUGGGAAUGAUAAAAUUAAAGAAUGAUCCAAAAGUGUUUAAAUUUAAUUAGGAUAAUAUUAUUUAUAGUGGUGAGAAACUAUUAAAUACAGAUUGGGCAUUAGGAAUUGUAUUAGUAGCAGGAAAUAAUUGUUUACGUAUUUAUAAACCAAUUAAACAUAAAAGAUAAAAGUCAUUCUUUUUUAUUGGAAUGAUAAUUCUUGGAUAUUUUAUAAGUUUGGUAUUUGAUAAAGUAAUUUUAGCUUGCAAAUUUAAGUUAUAAAACAAAUUAUGGAAUUCAUUUAUGUUUUAAUUCUAUGUUACUUCCAUUAUAUACUAUAUUCUAUAAAGAAUUUGUUUAGAUAUUUCAUUAUAUAAAAUAACCAAGUAUUCAAAAGAAAGUGAAACCAAUGAAUGCUAUAGAAUAAGGAAAUAAUUAAGGAAAAGAUAGUAUAUAUAUUAUUAUUAUUAAAUUAUAAAGUUGUUUAAGAUGAUAAACAUAUAUGGAUUGAAUUCAAUAAAGUAAAGAAUAUGACUGAAAUAUAUUCUUAAAAUAAAUUAUCAAAAUAUGAAGAAAUUAAAGAUUUUUCAAUUAUGAUGUAAUAAACAAAUGUAAUAUUAAAAUAUAAAUUAUUUUAGUAUUGGAAAUGUUCAAAAGUAAAUUUGGUAUGUUUGGAAUUAAAUCAAUAAUAUUUUCAAAAGAAAAGAAAGAUUUAAUCAAUUUAUAUUGAUGAUAAACAAUAUAUAUUCAAAUAUAAAUAAUUAGUAACAGUAAUGAAUAGUAAUUAAAAUUAAUUUGGGGAUAAUUAUUAUAAAACUUUAUUAGAUACAGGUAGAGAAAAUGAUAUAUUUGAUGAAGAUAAGAAAGAUUAUAGUGAAUUAAUUAAAUCACAUCCUUAUUCACCUCAUAAUUAAGAGGAAAAAUAAAAUUAUGGUAUGAGUACAAAUUUAUAAUUUUCACUUUCAAAGAAAACAAUUGAUGUAUCUCAAUAGAAAAAAUUAAAGAAUUCAUUAAAUAAAACUAUAUCUUUUAGAACAAAAAUUGUAAAAAGUGGAAGUGAUUAGAGUUCAUCUAUUAAUUAAUUAUAAAAAUAAUAAUUGAAUGAAUAAUAAUUUAUUACUUAAUUAUUUGAUGAUUUUGAUAAUUAAUAUCAUGAGAGAAUUGUUGCUUUAUUAUUAUUAUGUGAAAUAGAAAAUAAAUAUAAUGAAUAGAAAAAAACAAUAGAAACAUAUUGUAAAAAUCCAUAAGAUUAUAUUUUAAUUGAAUUUUGUAAUUUAUUAGAAUACAAACUUAAAUGUAGUAUUGAAACUGAACGUUAAAUUUAUGAUAUAUAUCUAAAAAGUUAACUCAAAAUCAUUGAAAUAUAAGGCAAAUUAAAAUAAUAUAAAAUUUUAAGUGAAAAUAAAUAAACAAAAAAUAGAAUUGGAGUUUAUUCAGUUCUCUUAAAAGAUCCAGAAGAAUUCAAUGAAGAUGAAGGUGCACUUUUAUAUAUUAAAAUUGAAACUUCAUAAAUGUAUGAAAAUACUAAUAUGAAUAUAAAUGUAUUAGAAACUAAUUCCACUUUAUAUUAUAUGUUGAAACAUGGACAAUAACCAACUUUAUAUUUUAAAAAAUAACUCAAAAAAACUGAAGCAAAACAAUUUUUGUUAAAUAAAAUGAAUAUUAUGAAUUCAUAUACAACAGAUGAAGAUUAAUUAGAAUUAUUAUAUUUAUAAUUGGAAUCUUAAGCUGAAUUACUUAUGAUUAUUGGAACUCAUACAAAAAUAGAUCAAAGUGCACUUUUAACUAUAGAUGCAUUUUCAUAAGCAAAUGUAUUAUUUAAAUAAAUAUAAUAGCUUAAUACAUGGUUAGUAUCUGCUGAAAGCCAAUUUGUAGUUUUGAGAUUUUUGUUUGAUGCUAAAUUUAUUGAAAAUGAAAAUGAUUUAAAUUAAUUUAAUUCUGGAGAUGAAAGAACAUUGAAAUUUGCAAUAUAGAGUGCCUGUUCAAAUUUAAUAAAAUAAUAAAGGUAAAUUUAAAAUUAAAUAUAAGAAUAUUUGAAGCUUAAGACUUUGAUAAGAAAUAUAUUCUUCUAAGUUGUGAAGCCUUAUUAACAAUAAUUAAAGAUGAAUAUCUUUUAAAUCAUUUUGCAAUAAUAGUUUGGUUUAGUAGAGGUUUAGCAUUAUAUGAUAGUUAAGAGAUUUCAAAGGUAAAAUUAUUUAAGAUUGCCAAAAAACUCAAUAUGUAAAUUGGAUAUAUAGGAAGUUGUGCAAAUAAUCAAAGAGUUUAUAAUAUGAGUUAAAUAUCAAUUGAUAUCAAUCCAAAAUGCUAUACGCAAUCUAAACCUUGUUAUUUAGUUAAUUCUUUAAGAUGUGCAGAAACUAUUCUAAUUACUCAAUGUAUAAGUUCAUCUUUGUUGGCUUAAUAGAUACUUUAUUUUUGGUUAUACGAAAUGAUUCUAUUUGUACUCAUUAACUUAAUAAAUUAAGGAUAAUUCUUAACUUAAAGUUGUAACAUUCUCCUUUUAUUGAGUCAAACAUUUACAGUGAUAAUUUAAUUAAUAUCUCAUAAUUAAAGAUUCAAAAAUACAGAAGUUCAUUAUAAAGGAUUAAUACUAUAAAGAUGUUUAGUUAAAUCUUUAUUUAAUAGAGAUUCAUUAAUUAAAAUAUUUCUAGUUGGAGUGAUUGAUGCAACAAUAGUGAGUAUUCCAUUAUUUGCUACAAAAUACUUAUAUGGAGAUUCUAAUUAUUUACCAAUAUCAUAAUUUGCUUUUAUUAUCACAUUAGAAUUAAUAGUUAAAAUAUAAUUGUAUUUCUAAAUAUUUGAAUAAUAAUAUAAACAACUUUUAGGAUUAUUAUUAUUAAGUAUAUUCGUAGUUGCAUUGGUGACAUUUCUAACUAUUCCAGAUUAUAAUGAUUAUGAUGUAUCUUACUCAGAUUUGUUUUAUAGUCCAGGAUUUAUAAUAAGAAGUUUAAUCUUUGUUUAUAUAUUUGCAUUUGUAUUUAAAUUUGCAGUGACAUGUAUAUUAUAAUUGUAUAAUUUGGAGAUGUUUCAAGAUAUAUUGAUUACAGAUGAAUCAAAUUUUAAAUGUAUUGAAUAGACAAAGAAAUAAAGAUCUACUAAAUAAAGUUUAUAAUUAUCAAUUUAAUCAAGAAAGAAAUUUAUUAAAUCUAUUUUGGCAGAUAAUAAUUAGAUGGAUGAUUCAAUUUAUAAAGCAUUAAAUAAUAAUAUUCAUAAUGAUGAAUAAAUAGAAUUAAAGAAAAAUCUUACUUUCAAUUAAAAAGAAUUUGAGAUCAGAUAUCAAGAAUCAAUGAGUUAGAAUUCAAUUUUAUAUAUAAUAUUUGAGGCUACUAUAUUCAUUAAUCUAUUAAUCUAAGUUAAUUAAAUUGAAAAUAAUAUAGCAAUCUAUAUUUUAUGGGGUGUGUAACUAUUUUAUAGUAUUACAAUAUACAUUCUAUAAUAUUUAGAAAUAACACCUCGUAUAAUUUAAUAAAAUUUAUAAUUGAUAAGUAUUUUAAGUAGAUUUCUAUUUUAAUUUAUUACAAUAUUCUUAUUAGAUUAAGAUUAUAUUAUGAAUUAAGUAAUUUUUACAUCAAUAUUUAUGAUAAUCCUGUUAAAUUAUUCAAUUAAAUUAAGUUUAAGAUUUAAAGGUACAAUAAUCCUUAUGAGUUUAAUUAGUUUAGGAGUUGUAUUGAAAUUUAUAAUACCCAAAUAUCCAUACUUACCAUAGAAAUAAAUAAUGUUUGUUUUGGCUUUAAUAAUUAUUUGUAGUUUAUCAACUGUAAGUGGUUAUUACUUAUGUUAUGUAAAUGAAUAUUUAAGGAGACAAAACUUUUUAUUAUAAGAAUAAUUGGAAAAGGAAUAGAAGAAAUUGAAUGAUGCUUUGGGAAUAUUGAUGCCUAGAUUUAUUAAAGAAAGGAUGGCUAGAGGAUAUAUAUAAAUACAAGAAGACUAAGGACCAGUCACAAUAUUAUUUUGUGAGAUAUGUGACUUUGAUGAUAUUAUUGAAUCUGAAAAAGUGUCUAUUAUAAGUUUUCUAGAUUCUAUUUAUAGAACCUUUGAUACUAUAUGCAAUUAAUAUAAUAUCUAGAAGAUUGAAACUGUAGGAUAAAUUUAUGUUUGUGUUUCUGGAUUAAAAGACUAUGAUAUUAUUGAUAAACAAUCAAAAAAUUCUACUUAAAAAAUGAUAGAAUGUGCUAUUGCCAUGAUGGAAUCAACUAAUAAUUUAAAAUAUUAGGAUAAAUAAAUAGUUAUUAAAAUUGGAAUUAAUUAUGGAAAUGUUAUGGCAGGAGUAAUUGGUUAACAUAAACCAUAAUUCUCAUUAAUAGGAGACACAGUAAAUACAACUAGUAGAACAUGUACAGUCUGUGAACCAGGAAGAAUUUCAUUAACUGAAAGUGCCUUUAUUAGAGUUAGACAAAUGAAAUAUUAAUUUUAAGUUAAGGAAAUCAAUAUAAAGAAUAUUUAUGUUCUUUAUUAAUUAGUAAUUAAUAAGAAAAGUACUUUUGCAACUAAGGUUGACAAAUCACCAAUCAUUAAAUUGGUUAGUUCAAUUUAAUUUAAAAGAUUGGAUUCAAAUGAUAAGCCAAUUAAUAAUGAUUUAAUGACAAAUGCAGUUAAUCCUGCAGGAUUCUAAUUUGAAAUUGCAAGGAAAUCAUCUAUGUCAAGAAAUAAAUCUGUUUAUUAAUUACCUGUUGAAUAAUUUGGUAAAGUGAUAUAAGAUGUAAUCACAGCCAAUAAGUUACUAUGUAAUUAUUUAUAUUAUGUAAUAGAGGAUAUAUCUAAUAGACGUAUUACUAUGCAUAGAAAAAGUAGAGUGACUAGAUUUAAAGAAGUGAAUCCUUAAAUGAUGUCAUCACAUGAUUAGAUCUAGUAAUAAUAAUAAUAAUAAUAAUAAUAAUAAUAAUAAUAAUAAUAAUAAUAAUAAUAAUAAUAAUAAAAGAAAGAAGAUCCAUUAGGAGAUUAAUUUGGUGAUCUCUUUGAUAAUAUGAAAAUAGCUGAUUCUUAAAAAAAUAUUGAUGAUUAAAUUCCAAAGAGCCCAUAAAUUAAUGUAAAAAGCUAAAAAUCUAUAUAAAACAACCAUUUAUUUGAUUCCACUCUUCAAUAAGAAGAAAAGAUUGAGAUUCCAAAAUUAUAAUAAUUAAUUGGAAAUUAAGAGAAGAUUGAAACAGAUAUUAUGUAAGAAUUGAUUAGAGUCAAAUGUGACUUUGGUACAAAUCAAGCGAGAAGAGGUAAAUAAACAUAAAUUAAACUUAGUAUAUUUUCGAUAAUUCAAAUAUAAAGAGAUGAUAAGGAUAUAUAAUCAUAAAUUAUUUAAGGAUAUGGUUUAGUAUUGUCUAAUUUUCUUUAUUUAUUUGAUGAUCUUUUAAUUGCCUAUUUUAUUUGCUUUAAUGGAAUAUAAGCAAUAUUUAGGAGUGAAUCUAACAAUAGAAGGAUUAAAGAUUGCAUUUUAUUUAAUGAGUUGUAUUGUUGUUCCAUUUUGCUUAAGAGAUGCUUAUAAGUAUAUUUUCUAAAUAGGGAUGAUUAUAGGAUAUUUCAUAAGUAUAUUAUUCAACAUUAUAACAAUCAUAAUUAAUGAUCCAAUCGAAAGAUCUUACAUUACUUUAAUCCUAGCUUACACUUUAUGUUUGGGAUACUUUUUGAGAGCUCUACCUUAUUUUACUUCUCGUCAUAGAAAAUUGUUAUUUUUUUUAAAAUACUCUCAUAUAAUUUUCAUCCUAUCUUUCGCUAAUGAGUGGAAUGAAACUAUUAUUUUUAUUCUUACAAUAGAAAUCUUUAUUCUUGCUUAAAGAAAUUAAAAUGAAGAUUUACUUUAUUAGAAUUAUAAUAUUCAUGAUUAACUUUUGUAACAAUAAUAAGAAUAAAACAAAAUUAUCAGUCAUCUUUUACCUUCUCAUAUUUUAUAAUAAUAUUUUAAAGAAUAAGAUACUAUACCUGAUGUAUUUGAAAAUGCCACUAUCCUAUAUGCAGAUAUAGCAGGAUUUACUAAAUAUUCUACUAGUGUUGAUGCUUAAUAAGUAUUAUAAAUGUUAAGUUCCCUUUUUAAUAAGUUUGAUGUAGCUUGUACUGAAAAUAAUGUUUAUAAAUUGUAUUCAAUUGGUGAUAGUUAUGUUGUUUUAGGAGUCUUAGAUGCUAAUAAUGGAAUAAGAGAAGAAGAAGCAUAUAAUGUUGUCAAUCUUGGUUUUUAAUUACUUGAUAUAGUAAAUUUACUUAAGAAAAAUAUUCAAUAUCCUGAUAUCAAUAUGAGAAUAGGAAUACAUACUGGGAAUAUAAUUGGUGGAAUAGUAGGAACAGAUAUUGUGAGAUAUGAUAUUUAUGGAUCAGAUGUUGCGAUAGCGAAGAAGAUGGAAUAAAAUUCAUAAAUUGGUAGAAUUAUGGUUUCAGAAGAUACAAUGAAAUUCUUAGAUGCCACUUACACAGGAGAAUUCAGUUUUGUUUUUGCUAAUUAAAUUGAACAUCGCAAUAGAAUAAUUUAAGGUUAUUAUAUAGAUAGAGUAUAAAUUGAAGAAUGA